AUGGUUGAAGAAAAGAUCGAGGCACUACACACCAAAACAAGCACCCAAUCUUCUUUAUCCACCGAUGAAGAGAAAGGUGGAAAUGCGAUUUCCGAUAAAAGAGCUCAAGCAGAAAAGGCCCUGGUACGCAAGAUUACAUUCACAAUCAUGCCUCUAGUAUCAUGGAUCAUUAUCGUGCAGUUUGCAGACAAGGCAGCGUUGAGCGUUAGUGCAGUAUUGGGAUUAUAUGAAGACACCGGGAUCACCGGAUCCGAGUUUAGCUGGCUAGGCUCGUUGUUCUUUCUCGGUCAUUUAGCUUACCAGCCCGCCAACAACUUUUUUGUGCAACGUUUACCUUUGGCACGUUAUUUGGGCGUGUGUAUCAUCAUUUGGGGUGCUGUCAUGCUUUUCACAGCCAUGUGUCACACAUUCUCACAACUCGCAGCUGUGCGUUUUCUCCUCGGCUUAUUUGAGGCUGCAUGCAUGCCCACCAUUUACCUCAUCAUCAACACGCUCUAUCGACGUAGUGAGCAAACGACAUUUUAUGGUAUCGUAACCAUGUGUCACGGCCUAGGCUCUGUAGUGGGCAAUCUUGUUGCAUUCGGCAUCUCGCAUAUGGGUACACGUUUAGGCAUUGAAAUGUGGCGAUGGAAUCAUAUCAUCUUUGGAUCGCUCACGGUCUUUCUCGGUAUUUUGGCAUUCUUUUUCCUUGCUGAUAAUCCACACUCAUGGCUAUUGAGAUUGACGGAGGAGGAAAAGCUCAUUGUGGAGGAUCGUACACAAGACAAUGCUAUGGUACGCAACACGACUAUCAAAAAGUAUCAGAUGAUCGAAGCGAUCAAAGAACCAAGGCUAUGGCUCAUUGCGCUGGCAACAUUUGGUCUUCAACUUCAAAAUGGCGGCUUGCUUGUGUUUAGUGCACAAUUCAUCAAAGGCCUUGGUAGCUUUACGUCCGGUGAAUCGAUCUUACUCAAGAUGCCAGGUGGUAUCGCAUCUACAUUGGGUGUGAUCCUUGCGACCUAUGUGGCGAGACGUACGCGACAAGUGUGUUACACGGGAAUCUUGAUGUCUGUUAUCAGCGUGAUAGGAUGCAUUAUCCUGGCCGCUAUCCCUGAUGGUGCUGUCAAGCUCUUAGGCUACUAUCUCAGUUGGGGAAGUACAGGUGGUUAUGGAUUACUAGCUACUUGCAUCGGCAAUAACGUUUCUGGAUAUACGAAGAAGGUCUUUUACAACAGUGUGCUUAUCGUCAGCUAUACACUUGGAAACUUCACAGGCCCACUCAUCAUGCUCGAACACGAAAAGCCAAGAUACCUUGGAGCAAUCACGGGAUUUUGCAUUGGAAAUGGCGUAGCUGUUGUAUGCUUUUUGCUUUUACGCAUGCUGAUGGCAGCUGAAAACAAACGACGACUUGCCAAUUUACCUGAUACUCCUACGGACGCACAUCUUGAUUUGACGGACCGUGAAGACAAAAACUUUAUUUAUCGCCUCUAA